GAGUCAGAGCCAGCUGAGGGAGGUGGAAGGGUGAGAGAGCAGAGGAGGAAGCAAUUUUUCAGUAUGUGGAAUGGGAAGAAAGUAGAUGAAACAGAGUAGGGGUGACUAAAUAAUCGUCUUAUAUCCUGGAACAGUACCAUGAGGCAACAACAGAACAUUUUUGUGUCUGGUGAAGCUGGAAAAAGUGAUCACCGGGCUUGGAACCAUUGAUCCUGUUGUGCAAAAGCAAGACGUCAACAAGCUUGGGAAAGCACUAUCGAAAGAGUGCUGGAAAAAUGGGGGGAUGACAAAAAAGGACCUUUUGCAUCAAGAGAAAGUAUUAUUUUCACCAUGAUGACAGCCAUCCCAGGACAGAGAAGAGGGAAUUUGACCUCCUUCUCACCCUGCAGCAUUGACGAAUCCUACAAGUACAUUUUCCUCCCAAUCUGCUACUCGUUCACUUUUGUCUUCAGUCUAUCCCUCAACUCAGUGGUCCUCUACCAUUCCUUCCGUCGCACCAGGCACUGGAACGCCUCCCUCAUAUACAUGGUGAACCUAGCGUCCACCGACUUGAUGUAUGGACUCUCGCUGCCCUUCUUGGUGGCUAGUUACGUCAUGCGGGACCACUGGGUGUUUGGGGACUUCAUGUGCCGCCUGACCGGCGACCUCACCAGGGCAGCACAGAAUGGUCAUUUGGCGGAAAGCAAGCUUAGGCCUGGUCCAGUGGAGGUUGUUCUUAACUGCUGGGAUGAUGCUACUGACACUGAGAUUCUGCUCUACAUACCCUAUGGUAUAGUCCUUCACCUGCUUGGCUUCUUUGUCCCGUUUACCGUCAUUGCUUGGUGUUAUUCACAUGUGGUCCUGACGAUCAUCCGGACCUUGCGUAUGCAACCCUGCCUGCAGGGGGUGGUAGAAGAAAGAAGUGCUGACUGCGCAGGGCUCAGGAGUGGGGGGGUGUCCCUCUCCCUGGGGCCACACUCUUCUUAUGUCCGGCGCCGUCGUAAAUCAGUGAAAACCAUCAUCACCAUCAUUCUGCUGUUUGCACUGUGUUUCUUCCCCUUUCAUGUCACACGAACUAUCUUUUUCAUUCUCAAAGUGACCAGCGGGGUGGAGUGCCACACCAUGAGGAUGGUCUCCAUCUGUUACAAGAUCACCAGGCCACUGGCUUCAUUCAAUGCCUGGCUCAAUGCGCUGCUGUACUUCCUGACUAAGGAGAAAGGGGCUCAGUGCUGCCCAUCACCUGAUCCCGCUCUUCAUGGCCUCCUUUGGCCACUGCGGGCAUUUGGUAGAGGGGGAGAGGAGGAAGAAGGUGGUGGGGAAGUAGUGGACAAUAAAGAAAACGAGUCUAAAUCUUCAGGAAAUAGAUUUCGGGGGCUGGCAUAAGUAGGAUUUUGAGGCAGACAAACUGGGAGAUAUACUGAAUAUUUCACAAAUCUGGAUGUGAAUGAUUGUAAGAAAAGAUGAAUGAUUAAAGUGACUUUUUAUAGCAAAAGAAGAUUAUUUUUACAUCAGAGAAAUUAUUACAAUGGAAAAUUCCUGUAGUAUCAUUUCUUAAAAUGCAAGGCUUAGAAACUUUUAAAGCUUAGAAGUGCGGCUUUAGCCUAUGGCAGACAAAACCCAAAAUCUCGGACACUGAUUCCAUGUCAAGACAUAAUGUCAAAUUUGUCCUUAGUUACAUUGUGAACCUUUUUAUACAGACCUAGUUAGCAAUAUUUUCAGGUUCUUUUUUGGUGAAACAUCAUUACUUAUAUGUCAUGUAAAUAUGUGGGUUAUGUAGUCUGUAUAUAAUGUGAUACGAUGUUAAUUUUCAGUAUGAUUAUUUGCUUUUACUGUUAUAAUGUAGGAACAGAGUAAUGUUUGUGUGUAAUCUAGAACAAAUCAUAUUAUUUAAACCUAAAGAAAUACCAGGUUAAUGAUCUGCUUAUCCAGCUGCUUGGAAAACAAAGUUUAACUAGUGUGAUAUUGCUGAGCAUUCAUAAAUACACAGGAUAUGCAUAAAACACAAA